AUGACAGGUUUUUACUUUUUAGUAAGUUCAACUUCGACCUCCGCUAAAACCCCAAUUUCCCCCUUCAAACCUCUCAGCCAAUGGUGCAUUUCCUAUUGCCAUUUUAACCACUUGUGUCACAUAGGAUUCCUUUUCUACCCUUCAAUGCUGAAACUCGUCUUUUCCUCCUCUUGUCGUGGACACUGCCUCAACACAGUAGCUCCUAGACUCCGAGUCAAAUCCGACUCAAAUUCGCUCUUCGAUGUAGUGGGUCGACUUACCGGAUUGACUCGGAGGAGCCCUACGAAUUCUCUAUCCAGGGCUUUCUUCUGUUCUGAUUCCAAUGAUGGGUCCGGAUCGGGUUCAGGGUCCCAACCUGUUGUUGAGGUCGAGGUGAAGGGAGUUGAGUCCGACUCCGAUGGGUCUGACUCGAAAGCAUCGUCGGCUAUCGUGCCGACUUAUCCCAGGCCGGAGGAUUACUUGACGGUUUUGGCAUUACCUUUGCCACAUAGACCUCUUUUCCCAGGAUUCUACAUGCCUAUUUAUGUCAAGGAUCCUAAGUUGUUAGCAGCUUUGCAAGAAAGCCGGAAAAGGCAAGCUCCUUAUGCUGGUGCUUUCCUUCUUAAAGAUGAACCGGGGACUGAGUCCAGCCCUAGUUCUGAAACAGAGAAAAGUGUAUAUGAUAUUAAAGGAAAGGAGUUAUUUAAUCGUCUUCAUGAAGUUGGCACCCUUGCUCAGAUCUCAAGCAUCCAAGGGGAUCAGGUUGUCCUUAUUGGUCACAGGCGGCUCCGAAUAACAGAGAUGGUCAGUGAAGAUCCCCUUACAGUCAAAGUUGAUCAUCUCAAGGAAAAACCUUAUGACAAGGAUGAUGAUGUCAUAAAGGCAACGUCCUUUGAGGUUAUAUCCACCCUAAGAGAUGUUCUGAAAACUAGUUCCCUUUGGAGGGAUCAUGUUCAAACAUAUAGUCAGCAUAUAGGUGAUUUCAAUUUUCCAAGGUUAGCAGAUUUUGGAGCUGCAAUAUCUGGUGCAAACAAAUUGCAAUGCCAGCAAGUUCUUGAAGAGUUGGAUGUGCAUAAGCGAUUGCAACUUACACUGGAAUUAGUAAAAAAGGAAAUGGAAAUCAGCAAGAUUCAGGAAUCAAUUGCGAAAGCAAUCGAGGAAAAGAUAAGUGGUGAACAACGCCGAUACUUGUUGAAUGAGCAGCUUAAGGCAAUAAAGAAGGAACUUGGGUUAGAAACAGACGACAAAACUGCACUUUCAGCAAAGUUUAGGGAAAGACUUGAACCAAAUCGAGAGAAAUGCCCACCUCAUGUGUUGCAAGUUAUAGAAGAGGAGCUAACUAAACUACAGCUGUUAGAGGCCAGUUCAAGUGAAUUUAAUGUAACUCGUAACUAUCUGGAUUGGUUAACAGUACUUCCUUGGGGAAAUUACAGUGAUGAGAACUUUGAUGUCAUCCAGGCACAAACAAUUCUUGAUGAAGAUCAUUAUGGAUUAGCUGAUGUUAAGGAAAGAAUAUUGGAAUUUAUAGCUGUUGGAAAACUCAGAGGAACUUCACAAGGUAAAAUUAUCUGUCUCUCAGGCCCACCUGGAGUGGGCAAAACUAGUAUUGGCCGUUCCAUUGCCCGUGCUUUGAACCGCAAAUUCUUUCGGUUCUCUGUUGGAGGACUGUCUGAUGUUGCCGAAAUCAAGGGCCAUCGACGGACCUAUAUCGGUGCUAUGCCAGGAAAGAUGGUGCAGUGCCUGAAAAAUGUGGGGACAGAAAAUCCUCUUGUUCUAAUUGAUGAGAUAGACAAGCUGGGGAGGGGACAUGCUGGUGAUCCAGCUAGUGCUUUGCUAGAGCUCCUUGAUCCUGAGCAAAAUGCCAACUUUUUGGACCACUAUCUCGAUGUACCUAUUGACUUAUCGAAGGUUCUAUUUGUUUGCACAGCAAAUGUUGUGGACAACAUACCAAAUCCUCUCUUGGACAGAAUGGAGGUCAUUGCUAUUGCUGGUUACAUUACUGAUGAGAAAAUGCACAUUGCUAGAGAUUAUCUGGAGAAAACUGCACGAGAAGCAUGUGGCGUCAAACCUGAACAGGUUGAGGUAACUGAUGCAGCUCUUCUUGGCCUAAUAGAAAACUACUGUCGAGAAGCAGGAGUUCGAAACCUUCAAAAGCACAUAGAAAAGAUCUAUCGUAAGAUUGCUCUUCGACUUGUGAGAGAAGGAUCAUCAAAUGAGUCUGUCAUGGUCCAACCUGCUGAUGCCAAAGCAGAGGUUGUUGAUGAAUCUGAUCAUCAUGCUGCUGCAAACAAGGCUGAUGUUGAAGUUGAAACCUCGGUUCAGGUUGACACAGUUCAGACAAACGACCAGCCUAAGGAUCCAAAGGAUGCAGCAGACAGCAAGGAACUUCAGGAAACUGAAGCAACUAAGGCAGUUGAGAAGGUGGUGGUGGACACCUCAAACCUAGCCGAUUUUGUUGGGAAACCAGUUUUCCAUGCAGAGCGCAUCUACGAUCAGACUCCAGUUGGUGUUGUGAUGGGUCUAGCAUGGACUGCCAUGGGUGGUUCCACCUUGUACAUCGAAACAACUCAGGUUGAACAAGGAGAGGGGAAAGGAGCCCUUCAUCUCACUGGUCAACUUGGAGAUGUCAUGAAAGAAAGUGCACAAAUUGCUCACACACUUGCUAGGGCCAUUUUGCUGGAGAAAGAACCAGCUAACCCAUACUUUGUCAAUUCCAAGCUUCAUCUCCAUGUCCCUGCUGGGGCCACCCCUAAGGAUGGACCCAGUGCUGGUUGCACCAUGAUCACUUCCAUGCUAUCCCUUGCCAUGAAGAAGCCUGUUAGGAAGGAUCUAGCAAUGACUGGGGAAGUGACUCUGACAGGGAAAAUUCUUCCUAUUGGAGGGGUGAAGGAGAAAACAAUAGCAGCAAAGAGGAGUGAAGUGAGGACCAUAAUAUUCCCAGCUGCUAACAGACGUGAUUACGACGAGCUUGCCCCAAAUGUAACAGAAGGUCUCAAUGUUCACUUUGUAGAUGACUACAGUCAGAUUUUCAGUUUGGCCUUAGAAUAUGAUGUUAACACUAUGGUAAAUUAGGUUCUUAUUACCAGCCAAUGGUUUAGAUUGGUUUUUGGCUGAAUAUUCUUUGUAACUGAUCUUGGAAUCCAAAACCCAGUUUUAUAUUGUGAAUUACAUCAAAAUUUUCAAUCAAGAAAUAACAAGGUUAGAGUAUAAAUUUCUGA